AUGUUUAAAACAUCACAAUUAGCAGAAGAUUAUAAUCAAUAUUCUUCAAAUUCUUUAACGCCUAUUAGAGAUUAUAAGAAUGAUUAUUUUCAUAAAUACGAUAAUAAACUACCUAAAACUACACUUAAUAACUCAAAUUUAAAAUAUCAUAAUAAUGCCAAGAAAAUGUUGAGUUUAAAAAAGUAUAAUAAUUAUAGUUAUAAACCUAAAGAUCCACUAGGUAAGAAAAGGCCAUCAGAUUUAAACUUAACAGACUUAGAACAACCAAUGAUUAAAAAAAUCAACUCUCCUCAUGCGCAACUUUCCAUAUUAUCUUCUAAUUCAAAUAAAAAAAUUCCAUUAUGUAAAGAUAUUAAAUCUAAUUUUAUGACCUGUUUGAAAAAUUUAUAUUAUUCAGAAAUAAACUAUAUUAAAGAUUUGGAAUUAGUUAAUAAUAAUUUUAGAAAAAAUUUAAAACAAUUUUUACAUUUAAGUAAUACUGAAGAAAAUUUGUUAUUUGGUAAUAUUGAAACCAUCAUUUCAAUAUCAAAACUUUUCAUUGAUGAUCUAGAAGAGCAUUUAUUAACAACUAUAAAUAAUCAUUCAACUACUAAUAUUACCACUUUUAAUAUGGAGGUAUGGCAAAUUCUGAAAGAUUCCUCUUCAAAUGUUUUCCAAAAAUUAGAUUUUUCUAUACCUUUCAAUUUAAAUUAUUUAAGGGUGAAAUCAAAUUAUUUUAAUUACUCACUAGCUCAUAAUAAUCAAUUGGAUCUUUUAAACCUUAUAAAGACUUGUGAUCUACUUGCUUAUACUAAUUGGAAUAAUUAUUCAAUGAAGGAAGCUUCAAUAGAUCAAACUACUAAUGAGAAAAGAAAUUCCAAAGAUUUCAAAUUUGAUAAUAUUUUGCAAAAACCAAUUUUAAGAACUUUUCAAUGGGUACUAACUCUUCAAAAUUUAAUUGAUUUUGGAAAUUCUUUCUUAAAUAGUAACAAUAUUGAUGCUUUAAAAUUAACUUUAAAAAAUUAUUCAAACUUUCAAAAAAAUAUUGUAUUCGAAAUUCAAGACUAUAGGAAUAAUAGUAUGUAUGAUUAUUGUUUGACACCUAUUGAAAUUAUUCAAAAUUAUAUAGAUUUGGAAUCUCCAAUGUCAAAAUCGUCAGUUUCAAACCCCAUUUUAUCACAGAUUACGUCUCCAGCAAAUAUUGAGACACCACCACAACUUCUAAAUAUUAGUGAAACUUCUAGUGUUUAUUCGAAUGAAACUACUAUUGAGGUCAUAGAAGAUUUAGGUAGCACGUGUAAUAUUAGCGAAAGCUCACCUUCAAGUCCUGUUCAACCCUUACAAUUUAAAAGAGAAGAAUCGAUUAAGGGAUCAAUUAUUAACGAUGAAUCUUCUCUUGAAGAAAUUGAUUCACUCUCCCAAUUACCAAAAAUUUCCAGUCCAAAAUUGAAAACUACUAGCACAGGGAUAUCGCGUAGCAGUACAUUAAGAUCUUUAACUAGGUCAAUUCAACGAGUAGGCACAAGUACCCGUAAAGAGAUUGCAUUUUCAAAGCAUAAUUCAUCACACAGUGGUAUUAAAAGCAAAACAAAUGAUCAAAAAGAAAAAACUUUAAACGAUCAUAUAGUAAGAUUUAAGCAAUUGCAUAAAGAUUUAAUUGGUUUAAAAAAUUUAUUAAAAAAGGCAGAUUUCUUAUCAGUCAUUGAGCCUCUUAUAAAACUGGUAAGUUUAUGGUCAAAUUUAAUUAGUGAAAAGACUGAAAAAUCUCAGCCCAGCACAGAAGAUGCCAAAAAAUAUGAUAGCUUCUUAAAUGAAUUAUAUACGAGGAAAGAAGAAUUAAUUUUGUUAAAAUUUUCUUCUUUUAAUGAAAUGAUAAUUAAUCCUAUCGAUAAGAUACUUGAACAUUGUGAUGCUGUAAAGACACAAAUUAACGAUUUAAACAAAUUAAAAAAGGAAUACAUUAUUUAUAUACAAGAAAAAAAACUAAAAUCUAUGAUAAUCAAAAGAAAAAUUAUAAGUGACCAUUUCGAAUCUUUACAAAAUAACCUUAUAACUCAACUGCCAGCUUUUAUUGAAUUGUUUCAUAAAACUUUCGAAAAGAUUAUUCUUAACUACAAUUUGCUUUUGAAAAAAUUUUUAGUAAUAUCAGCAGGAGAAGAGGACCUGCUAAGACAAGAUUUAACUACUUUGGAAUCUCAAAAUAAUAAAGGGAAUAAUGAUAUAAUAACUGAAUAUCUACAGGCUCGUUACAACUCUAAGUUGCAGAUUAGAGAAAAUUGGAAUCUUUCCACCAAUCCAGAAGAAAGCAAAAUUGUAAGAAAGUUGUUUGAGCUUUGA